GCCCAAAAUGUAUUUUAAGAAGGGCCCAUUACCUCUUUGUGAAGCCCAUUUAAAUCAAUUGUUCUAGUUUCUUCCUGAAAGAAGCUACCUCAAUGAUGAUGGCAAUUGGAUCAUCAUCAUCUGAUUAAACUAAACUAAACCAUAUUUUACAUAAAAAUUGUAUAACUAUCAGAAUAAUAAUUGUAAUUAUAAUUCUGCCGGUCGCUCAGUUCCAAGUUCCUGUCGGUUUGUCGCAUCUCUCCCCCUCUCUCUCUCUCUCUAGUCGCCGGUGUUACAUUUUUUAGCGUUGAGCUCUCAUUUUCAUCGAUUCACAAACCCUAAUAUAUACUUUUUGUUUAAUUGCUUAUGAUGCACCUGUCGAAUCGCAAUUCAUCAUCAGGAAGCUCUUUCAGUUGAUAUGCUCUGUAGCAAUAAUUGCUAUGGUCAUGGUUUUUUCCAUUUAAUCUUUUGUCAAUAUCCUCGGCAAUGCAAUUAGCACAACAUGAUAUUCGGACUGCCAAUGCUUCAGAAACAGAACCCAUUUUACCUCAUCCCAGUAUAUCAGACAGAUCAGAAGAAUCUUCUUCCUCAAUUGAAAUAACCGUGGGUGUGGAUUCUUCUAUAGCCAUUCACGAUACAUCAGUUCCUGAAAUUGAUGAGGGUAUUGCUCUAGUGCGUGCAGACCAACCCCAAUGCCGCAUAUGCCUUGACAAUGAAGGAGAAGACUUAAUUGCACCAUGCCAUUGUAAAGGCACCCAAAAGUAUGUACACAGAUCAUGCCUUGAUAAUUGGAGAUCAACAAAGGAGGGCUUUGCUUUUGCUCACUGUACAGAAUGCAGGGCAAAGUUUAUAUUGCGCGCAAAUGUCCCCCCCGAUCGUUGGUGGUUGAGAUUAAAGUUCCAGUUUCUUGUUGCAAGGGACCAUGCAGUCAUUUUCGUUAUUGUUCAGCUGAUUGUUGCAUUUCUAGGUGUGCUGGUAUACAAAUUUUAUGGAGAAGAGCUAAGGGAAAUGUUUGGUUAUGAAGAACAUCCAUACGGAUUUUAUACUAUGGCUGUUUUGGCCAUCGUGCUGGUGGGUUUGCUGUAUGGGUUCUUCAUUGCAAUAAUAUGUGGACAGAGGAUCAAUGAACGCCACUACCAUGUCCUUGCCAAGCAGGAACUGACAAAGGAGUAUGUGGUAGAAGACAGAGAAGCCAAUAAGGAGGUGUCUGAACUUGAUUCAAGUCAUGUGACUGAGCUCAGAAUGCUAGGCCUCUAUUGAUUAACUUUUGUUGUGAGUGCUAUAUUUCAAUUCCCAACGAUUGAAGAAAAAAUUAUCUUUAACAUAACAAAAAUAUGGUGAUGCAGGCAGGCUAUUGUAUUUCUUGUGGAGUUUGCUGCUUCAAAUGUCAGUCACAUGGAGAAAAUACACUUAUUUGUUUUUGUGCCAUGAUAAAUUAUUAUACCUUGGUUCAAACUACACUACACUACACUACACACUGGUGAGUUCAUCAUAUAUGUUUUUUUUUACAUUAUGGCAAGGAGAGUGUUAAAUUCAAAUUUCCUAUAGGAGUCUUCCUAUAUUCAGAGGUGUAUCAAAAUUACACAAACAUGCUUUAUAGUUAGUUAGUUUGCUGA